AUGUCUCUAGCAGUUCAGGCGCAGAUCCGCAGGAAUGCGGAGGAGCUGCAAGCAUAUCUAUCAGACCUGCGGGACUGGGAAGAGUCUUUCUAUGAGAGUGCCGAAGUAAAAAAACAAGAAAAAAGAUCUUGCCCCGAUUCGACGCAAAAGCAUGCACUUAAUGAGCAGCAUCAGCUGCACCAGGAACAGCUGUGCGAGGGUGGCAUGAAUGACUCAGCUGCUCCCCCUAUGGUUAAUGCCCAAAAGACUAUAGAUCGCACAGCUUCAUCCGGUGUGCCCACGGCUCACAGGAAAGUUGAUGCAGAGAAUAGGAAAAAGUACGCCCGUGACCAGAACUCCCUUCCAGAUUACUACAAGGCAUGGGACGCCUAUGACCCCGAUGCUGAUGAGGAAGACGGAACCAACAAAGCCGCUGGGGUCUGCUCAGGGGGUUCGGGCACAAAUGCAUCCCCAGUACCAAAGGCACAAAAGCCCAAGCCGGUAUCACAAGUAGCGAGAGGAAGCCGUGGAGGUGCCCAAUCUGCUGUGGGUGGCCCUAGAAUGCGAAUCUGUGCCUCCACCGCUCAUGUUUCUUCGUAUAUGGAAACCCUGGGAUCCCCUGAAGAAGCAGGGGGUGUGCUGGAUCAAGUGGGGGCCCUAAAGAAGAAGGCGAACACCUACUUCGGCGCACAGAAGUACGCAGCCGCCGUGAAGUGCUACACACAGGCACUACAGCAGGCGGAGGCAGAAAUGAGCAGAGGUCUACUGCCUGCUGCUGCUACCGCUGCUGCUGAAAAGCUGGUAGGGCAGCUCCUCAGCAACAGGGCUACCGCUUUGUUCUACUUGGGGAAAUUAGACAGGUGCAUUGCUGACUGCUCGGCAGCACUGCAGAGGACUCCGCAGAACCCCAAAGCUCUUCAUCGGAGAGGUCUUGCGUUGGCCCUUAGAGGGCAGACACAAGAAGCGCUGACAGAUCUCACAGAGGCCCUAAAGGCUAGCCAAGGAGAGCAAGUGUCACAACAGACGGCCCGGGUGCAGCCCCAACCGCAGGAGGCGCAGCAGCAGGAGCAGGUGCAGCGGGAGGCGCAGGUGCAGCUGCAGCCUGAUUCAGAAUCAGAGAGUUUCAUACCGGAAGCCCGCGUGGUACCAGGCAAGGAGUCUGCUGUAGCCCUUGAAGCCCCGAACGCGCCUAGGAGUUGCUCUUUAUCUGAACGGAUCCUCAAGGACAUCGUCAAAAUCAGGAGUGAAGCACAAAUCAAGAAGCUAAAAGAGCAGCAAAGAAAGAAGAUGAUGCUCCUGCAGCCCUUGAAGGGUCUCCAUGAUCCUUGCCCUUCUGGAACCCAAAGAUCUCUGGAGGCCAUUGUGUUUCAGCCGGGGAGCAACAAGGUGCGCCAUUACGAGCAACAGCAGCAGCAAAAAGAGCUGUCCACGCAGAUGCUAGACGCAGCUCAUGACGCCAAGCAGCAGCAGCAUAACUAUUACCAGCAAGACGAGCGGCCUCACCAAGACCGACAGCACCAGCAAGGCGGAAUGCUUGCAGAAGAUCAGCCCAAAGCGCAGCAGCAGAUUGAGGAUGCUGCAUUCUCAGAGCCGGUAGCACAAGUACAUCGACAAGCAGCAUCCCUUGUACUUUCUCAGACAUCCCAACUUCCACACGUGCAGCAGCAAGACCAGGAGAUACAGCAAGACUCGAAAAAAGAUCCCCCCGAGAGAAUCUCGGAGCCCGUAUCACAAGCGUUGACGGAGGACGAGACUCUGCCAAAACAGCGUGAGCAACAGCACGGGCAGCCACAACGACAAGAGGAGAGAGAAAUAUGCAUGCAUUGUCGGACCUCCCCUUCACCAGUGCCCGCAUUUAAUUGUAAAGCACCCGGUGACUGCGCAUGUACUGAUACCCGAUGUCGAAAACUUGACAGGGUAGCUCCCUCCGCCAGUCAGCAGAAGCCCAGUCUCCUUUCUGGCCACACAAUGGUCCAGAAGGGCCCCAGGCUUCCUCGAUCGUACGCAGCCUUUGAGGCUCAAUGGAGAUCUGCCGGGUGUCUUCUAACAAACCCGAGUACCUCUGGGGAGCCCCCAGCUAUCUGCCCGUGCGGGGGCCCCAGGGCCCUGCUGCUUCUCCGCAUGGGUGCGGCUGAAGUUCUUCAGGGGGCCCUGGGUCUCUGCGUGGAGCCCGACGUGUUCUAUGAAUGCCUCCAAGUGCUCGAACGCGCAGCGGAUUCUAUUAUUAGGAGAACUAGCCUGCAGCACCCUCGCGAAGUGCUUAUAUGCCACCCAGACAGGAGCCCUCAGGGCAUUCACAGGGGCCAAGGUGAAAUGAAGAGAGAAGCAUCCUGCGAAGAGCUUCCCAUAGGAAUGGAAGAAGCCCCAAGGGAUACACUGCCAGCAGAGGAAGGGUGCGAAUGCUGCAGGAAUGCAGCAUUCACUGCUAAUGCUUGGCAAAGGGCCUUUCAGCACUUGACAGGGGGUGCCCGCGCGGCUGUCACUGUGCAACUAGGAGGGCCUUCAUGCCGCGUACUGCUAGAAAAGCUGCAAGAAAAAUCAAGAGUUAUGGCAGCAGCAGCUGCUGCUGCUGCUCUUGCUGUCACAGAGGCAACACGAGGCUCAGAGCAGUGA